GCUCCCUAAGUCCGGGCCACUGUGCCAAAUCAGAAAAAGAUGAGCCAGGAGACAUCCAUCCAUAGCUGGCCCGGCUCUUAUUACAUCAACAGCGAGAAAUGCUGGGCCAGCGGCAUCCUCUCCAUAAGCCGCACCACCUUACGCUUCAACUCUGAGCCGAAUCAGGAGAAUCUGAUUAGCCUGAGGCUCUCCCGCAUCAUGGAGAUCAAGAUGGAGUCAUCCAGCUUCAUUUUCAGUGCUCUUACGGUGUUGGAGCAGGGAAACAUCAAGCACUGGUUUGGCUCUCUCAAGCCUUGCCUUACUGCCGUUUACCACGUGCUGGAGCACUUCUGGAGGGAACGGCUGCUGUCACCCACAGAGCCCCGUGGAGCUGAAGCUCCUCUUAGUAAGGGCCAGGAGCUGAUCAGCCUGAUAUCUGGAGCCCAGCGGAGGCUGGAGGAUACUGGAAGAGUCCUGAACCACCAGGGAGAGCAGUUCGACAACAUGAUUCAGGGCCUGGACAAGAUCGAGUCAGACCUGAGCGUGGCAGAUAACAUUCCAGCUAUCGUCUCCCAUGUUGGAAGCUCUGGAACCAUGAAACCAGGUAGCCUGAUAGUGUUGGUCUCCUCUCUGGAGGUUCGAGAUGCAAACGGACAGCUCCUCCAUUGCUUUGAGAAGGAAGAGGUGGAUGAUGUCUAUGUGCACAGCCCCUACGAGUUCAGUGUUCGCCAGCGCUUCAUCGGAAAACCUGACAUCUGUUUCCGAAUUCUCUCUGCCAGGAUGACUGAAGCUUUUUCUGUACUGGAGAUGCAGUAUAAGAAGAAAGUUGAGAUCACGCGUGACUAUGCAGCAUUUCAGGCAACUUUGGCAACCACACCAGGAAGCCCAGAAGGUGGAGGAAACAUUUGGAGUAUGCUCCAGCAGGUGAAGAAUCUAGCUCUGGAGGCUGAGACAGAGCUGGAGCGUCAAGAUGAGGCUCUGGAUGAAUUGAGCUGUUCUGCUGACCGCACCACCAUGAACAUUAACAGACACACUCGCCGCAUGAGGAAACUACUGUGA